AUGCGUGUGGGUGUCAUUGGGUCACUUUUAGGGACAAGUCUCAGUUCUAGCUUAGAGAUUAUUAAAUAUGUUGUUACAAGUACUGGAGUAUUUGUUCUUUAUCAAAAAACAAAAAGUACUGGAUUUCUUUUGCUGCAGCAGAACUCAUUGGUGCAUUUUAUGCUUUUGGUGGAUAUGAUGGAAGCAAUUACUUGGCUGCAGGAUGGCAUAUCCAGACUCCAUGUGCUAAGUGAAUGUAUCAAGAUUUUUACAAAGGGAAGGAAGUGCAAAGCAAGUAAGAAGAAGUUGAAGCACAAAGAGAGACCAACUUCCUGUGUUAUUAGGAGUUUAUUAAAGAUGUUCUUAUUUAUACAUGUUACAAUUCCAUGUUCUCUUUUGUUAGGAGUUGACCAAUAUAAUGUCUUACCAUCUGUAUAAGUAUGUUUUUUUGUAAUAUGUGUAGUUCUCUGUAAUUAUCUAUUAAAUUUUAUGUGAAUAUUCAUUA